AUGAACGCGGCUGGUGUGGACAAUGAGGGGUAUACAUUGGAGCAUGGGAGUGACCAGUCUUUCAGGCCAGUUUUCCCUGGGGCAGAUCACCCCAGGGAUGCUCCAGUGGGGGAGUUGACACCUGUGACAGAAUGUGAUUCCGAAGCACUAAGCACUUUACAUAGUGAUGGAAAUGUGAUGAUUGCUGCACUUUUUACACUUUUUAAUGAUUAUUGCAUGAAAAUAUAUGAUUUCAGAUGUGAAGAUAAAAAGACAAUAGAGUUCAAAUUGAGGAGCUACCAGUCUUCUUUGGCCUUCAUAUUUGCCAUUGAGGAGAUCAACAGGAACACUCACAUUUUACCCAACACAUCUCUAGGAUUUGAGCUCUAUAACGUCAAAAGCAAUCAACUGGAUAUUCUGCAGGAAACUUUUCAUUGCCUCACAGGAAUGGGAAUAAACAUUCCCAAUUACACAUGCAGAAGGGAGAACAAGGCUGCUGCUUUACUUACAGGAACAGCAUGGGAAACAUCUGCACGUGUUGGGAGACUGCUGAAUCUCUACAACUAUCCACAGCUUACUUUUGGGCGAUUUGACACUGUUCUUAGUGACAGAGGCCAGUUUUCUUCUCUCUACCAGACAGCACCCAGGGACACAUUUCUGUCACAUGGCAUUGUGAUUUUGAUGGUUCAUUUCAGCUGGACCUGGGUGGGACUGGUUCUCAUAGAUGACCACAAUGGGGCUGAGAUUCUAUCAGACCUGAGAGGAGAGAUGGACAGGAACAGAGUGUGUGUAGCUUUUGUAGAAAUGAUUCCUGACAACUGGAUUAACUCUGGCUACAAAUCCAGAACAAGUCAUAGGCAGAUCCUGAAAUCAUCUGCAAAUGUGAUUUUCAUUUAUGAUGUCACUAUAUCUUUAUAUGGUAUAAUACUAUAUAUAAGUAUACACUCAAUUACUUGGAAAGUCUGGAUCAUUAAGUCACAAUGGGAUGUAUCUACUGAUGUUCCUUUUUUCAUAUUUGAUCCAUUCCAUGGGAGUCUCAUUUUUGCACAACACCAUGCUGAGAUUUCUGAUUUUAGGAAGUUUAUCCAGUCAUACAAGCCUUCCACAUAUCCAGAAGACCAUAUCCUUGCUCUUUUGUGGAAGAGAUAUUUCAAUUGCUCUUUUUCUGGACCUGAUUGUAAAAGUUUGGUUAACUGUCUACCCAAUGCUUCCUUGGAAAUGUUGCCUGGAAAUGCUUUGGAAAUGGACAUGACUGAAGAGAGUUACAAUGUAUAUAAUUCUGUAUAUGCUGUGGCUCACAGUCUCCAUGAGAUGACUCUGAAACACGUGGAAAUUCACCCUCAUGGAAAUGAGGAGGUAAAUACCUACCAUUGGGAGCUUCACCCUUAUCUCAAGACUAUCCAUUACAAAAAUGGUGCUGGAAAAAUUAUGGUUUUGGAUUCACAAAGGAAAUUAGAUGCAGAAUAUGAUAUUCUCAACCUCUGGAAUUUUCCAGAUGGUCUCAGACAAAAGAUAAAAGUUGGAACAUUUUCUCCAAAUGCUCCACAGGGCCAAGAACUGUUUCUGUCUGACCAUAUGAUACAGUGGGCUAUAGGAUUUACAGAGCUUCCUCGCUCUGUGUGCAGUGAGAGCUGUGUUCCUGGAUUCAGAAAAUCACCCCAGGAGGGCAAGGCUGCCUGCUGCUAUGAUUGCAUUCAUUGUCCAGAUAAUGAGAUUUCCAAUGAGACAGAUAUGGAUCAUUGUGUGAGGUGUCCAGAAAGUCAUUAUGCAAACACAGAGCAGAACCACUGCCUCCAGAAAGCAGUGACUUUUCUGUCCUACGAAGACACUUUGGGGAAGGCACUCACCUACUUGGCCCUGGGCUUCUCUGCACUAACAGCUGUUGUUCUUGGUGUCUUUGUGAAGCACCACCACACUCCCAUUGUCAAGGCCAACAAUCAGGCUCUCACUUAUAUCUUGCUCAUCACUCUAAUCUUCUGUUUUCUCUGUCCAUUGCUAUUCAUUGGCCAUCCCAACACAGUCACCUGUGUCCUGCAGCAGAGCACAUUCGCAGUCCUGUUCACAGUGGCUCUUUCCACAGUCUUGGCCAAAACUAUUAUUGUGGUUCUGGCUUUUAAGAUCACAUUUCCAGGGAGGCUAAUAAGGUGGAUAAUGAUAUCAAGGGCUACUAACUUCAUUAUUCCUGUCUGCACCCUUAUCCAACUUGUGCUCUGUGGAAUUUGGCUGAGCACCUCUCCUCCAUUUAUUGACUCAGAUGCUUACACUGAACAUGGCUACAUAAUUAUUAUAUGCAACAAGGGCUCCACUAUUGCCUUCCAUUCUGUCCUGGCAUACCUCUGCUCCAUGGCACUUGGAAGCUACACUAUGGCUUACCUGUCCAGGAACCUGCCUGACACAUUCAAUGAAGCCAAGUUCAUCACUUUCAGCAUGUUGGUGUUCUUCAGUGUGUGGGUCACCUUCCUCCCUGUCUACCACAGCACCAAGGGGCAACACAUGGUGGCCAUGGAAGUCUUCUCCAUCUUGGCUUCCAGUGUAGGUCUCCUAGGUUGCAUCUUUUCCCCCAAGUGCUAUAUUAUUUUGUUCAGACCACAUAGGAAUGUGCUUUAUCAUGUCAGGAACAAAGUACCUUCUAGAGGAAAAGUGGGUCUUACAGCUUAG